AUGUCCUCGCGCCCCUCAGCCCGCCUCGAUCUGUUCUCCCGCCAUCUGGCGCCCAACAAGCCCUUCCUCGAGCUCAAUACCCCCUUCUCCACCGAACGCGCCGCCCACCUCGAGGACCCUCAGGGCAACAUCAUCCGAACGAAACCGGCCCAACAGCCAGCAAUUGAGCAGGAGCAGGAACAAAAAGCGGCCCAGGUGCAGCCCGAAGAGCCCGCCACCAUGUCCAGCCAACCUUCGCACCCCGCCCUGAUGAUUCCGGGCCCAAUUGAGUUUGACGAUGCCGUCCUGCAGUCCAUGAGCCAUUUCAGCGAGUCGCACGUCGGCCAGCCCUUUGUCAACAUCUUUGGCGAGGUCCUCACCGGCCUGCGCAAGCUCUUCCAGACCACCGAUCCCGCCUCGCAACCCUUCGUCGUCUCCGGCUCUGGUACCCUUGGCUGGGACCAGGUGGCCGCAAACCUGUGCGAGCCCGGUGACGAAGCCCUCGUCCUGCACACGGGCUACUUUGCCGACUCCUUCGCCGACUGCCUAGAGACGUAUGGCGUCAAGGUCACACAGCUGAAGGCCCCCAUUGGCGAUCGCCCGCAGCUCGAUGAGGUCGAGAAGGCCUUGAAGGAGAAGAAAUACAAGAUCAUUACCGUCACCCAUGUCGACACCUCCACCGGCGUCCUCAGCGAGGUCCGGGCUCUGUCCGAGCUUGUGCAUCGCGUCAGUCCCGAAACCCUGGUGGUCGUCGAUGGCGUGUGCAGUGUAGGCUGCGAGGAGAUUCGCUUCGAUGACUGGAAGCUCGACGUUGUGUUGACUGCUUCUCAAAAGGCCAUUGGGUGUCCUGCCGGUCUCUCCAUCAUCAUGGUCUCUGGGCGCGCCAUGGAGGUAUUCAAGGCCCGCAAGACGAGGCCUACUUCGUAUUUUGGCUCCUGGAAGAAUUGGCUACCGAUCAUGCAAAACUACGAGGCCAAGAAACCUUCUUAUUUUGCGACGCCAUCUCCGCAGCUCGUGCGUGCGUUGCACACCUCCCUUACUCAAAUUCUCUCUCGGCCUUUGGAGCAGCGUUUUGCGGAACAUAAAGCUGCAUCCCAGCGCGUAAAGAAGGCUAUUUCCGACUUUGGGCUCAAGCAACUUGCAUCCAAGCCAGAGAACCAGGCCAACGGCAUGACGGCCAUUUAUCUGCCUGAGGGCAUCUCACCACCAGACGUUCUACCAUCCUUGCUGAAGAAAGGUGUCGUGUUUGCCGGAGGUUUGCAUAGAGAUAUUGCGAGCAAGUACGUGAGGUUUGGACACAUGGGCGUCAGCGUCACGGAUCCGAAUCGCACAGAUAUCGACAAGGCCAUAGAAGCUCUGAAGGAGAGCCUGGUUGAGGUGGGAUAUAGCGCUUAG